UAAAAUGAUUAUCAGGACCGACAUCGGGAAGUGUGAAUGUAUAAUUGGCGCUUUACCGGAUUAAACUUACUAAAAAUAAAAUUUUCUAUUCAUUACAAGGCAGUAUGGCUUAUAGCUUUAGCCCGUCUAGAUGGACGAAAAAAAAACUGCAUAAGUUGUCAAAUUUUUGAGGUUAUGUUACUUAAGUGUUGUCUGUUGUGUUUCGGCUAUUAAAUGGUGAUUUUUGCCAAGAUAAUUGCACUUAUUCUUGGUUUAAAUCAAAUAGCUGUAUCAUGCGAGCUGUCUACGAUAAGUAGUUUGUAUUUUUUUGCCAAGUGAAUAAGUAGACUUCCGCUUUCGUCGAUUGAGGCUGUAGCCAUCUCUUGUAAUCUGUGCUGUAGCGAGAAAAGGUUCUCACUGCUACCAGCUUGUGAGCGCACAACAACAUGCCCCUAGAGACAGCAUGUGGUAAGACAGAGGCGGUGUGUGUGAAGACAGAGCCCGGAGAGACGUGUGUAAAGGAGGAGCAGGAGUGUGAGGAUGGCGCCUGGCAAGGAGUGAGCGCAGCAGCCGCAGAGGCUGGACUCUAUAUUGAUCAUGAGGUCAAGGAUGAGGUUGUGCUUGGCCCCGAGGAGUGGCACCGACCGAAAGUGUUUCAAGUGAGUUCGGACAGCAGCGCCGCUUGCGCCAGGAAACAGCGCGCGAUGACAUGUUCAAUGUUGCUCGAGCGCCUCCGCGGUGACGCGACUGUUCACAGUGGAGGCAAACCAUACGGCUGCGAACACUGCGGCAAGCAUUUCGGAAACAAAUAUAUUUUAAGAAAUCACAUACAAAACACACACUUAUCGACCGAACAAAAACUAUUUGCUUGUGAUUUUUGUGGUUCUACAUUUCGCACCGAAUUGCUUGUAAAAGAACACGAGAAAAGUGAACACGGUAUUACGAAUUUCACGUGUGCUGAAUUGUGUUCGGACGGCAGCGCCGCCCGCGCCAGGGAACAGCUCGCGACGGCUUGUUCCGUGGUGCUCGAGCGCCUCCGCGGCGACGCCACUGCGAACAGCGGAGGCAAACCAUACAGCUGCGAUCACUGUGGAAAACGUUUCAGAAACAAGUCUAUCUUAAGGAAACAUAUUCAACUCACUCACUUAGCAAUCGGGCCAAGACAAAUUCCAUGUGAUUUUAGUGAUUCUACAUUCCAAUCUGAAUCGCUUGCAAUGGAUCACGAGAAAAGCGGACAUGGUGUUACAAAUUCCAUAUGUGCUAAACUGUGUUCGGACGGCAGCGCCGCCCGCGCCAGGGAACAGCUCGCGACGGCUUGUUCCGUGGUGCUCGAGCGCCUCCGCGGCGACGCCACUGCGAACAGCGGAGGCAAACCAUACAGCUGCGAACACUGCGGCGAACGUUUUAUAAAUAAGUCUAUUUUAAGGAAUCACUUACAAUAUACCCACUUAUCGUCUGGAGCCAAGAGAUAUGCUUGUGAUUCUUGUAGUUUUACGUUUCAAACAAAAUUGCUUGUAAUAGAACACGAGAAAAGCGAACACGGUGUCACAAAUUUCAUGUGUGCUGGAUGUGAGUAUACAACAAGUUCCAAGAAAAGUUUGGAGACUCAUUUAAAGAGGCACUCUUCGGAAAAUAAUUUCAACUGUAGUCACUGUAGUUACACAAGUUCGUGUAAAAGUAAUUUACACAAACACCAAACAAUACACUUUGCUGGAAAACCUUUUGAGUGUAGCGACUGUGAUUUCAAAUGCAGAGUUGAAUCAAAUCUGCGACGUCACAAGAAGACGCACAACCGGAGGCAACAGAGAAUACUCACUGGAAAACAGUCUAAUAAAUGUAAUUAUUGCAACUACAAGUGCAGUGCUAGUUCUAUUUUACAAAGACACGAAAUAAAACAUACUGGCGAGAAGCCAUUUCAGUGUAGCCACUGUGAUUACAAAUGCAAUCGGAAGUCACACUUACAAAAACACAUGAUGAUACAUACUGAGGCGAAGCCAUUUCAGUGUAGCCACUGUAAUUACAAAUGCAGUCAAAAGUCAGACUUACAAAGACACCUGAUGAUACAUACUGGGGCGAAGCCAUUUCAGUGUAGCCACUGUGAUUACAAAUGCAGAAAUAAGUCACACUUACAAAGACACCUGAUGAAACAUACUGGGGCGGAGCCAUUUCAGUGUAGCCACUGUGAUUACAAAUGCAAACAGAAGUCAAACUUACAAAGACACGUGAUGAUACAUACUGGGGCGAAGCCAUUUCAGUGUAGCCACUGUGAUUACAAAUGCAGAAAUAAGUCACACUUACAAAGACACCUGAUGAAACAUACUGGGGCGAAGCCAUUUCAGUGUAACCACUGUGAUUACAAAUGCAGUCAGAAGUCAGAGUUACAAAGACACCUGAUGAUACAUACUGGGGCGAAGCCAUUUCAGUGUAGCCACUGUGAUUACACAUGCAGUCGGAAGUCAGACUUACAAAGACACCUGAUGAUACAUACUGGAGCGAAGCCAUUUCAGUGUAGCCAUUGUGAUUACAGAUGCAUUCUGAAGUCAUCCUUACAAAGACACCUAAUGAUACAUACUGGGGCGAAGCCAUUUCAGUGUAGCCACUGUGAUUACAAAUGCAGAAAUAAGUCAACCUUACAAAGACACCUGAUGAAACAUACUGGGGCGAAGCCAUUUCAGUGUAGCCACUGUGAUUACAAAUGCAAUCGGAAGUCACACUUACAAAAACACCUAAUGAUACAUACUGGGGCGAAGCCAUUUCAGUGUAGCCACUGUGAUUACAAAUGCAGACAGAAGUCACACUUACAAGAACACCUGAUGAUACAUACUGGGGCGAAGCCAUUUCAGUGUAACCACUGUGAUUUCAAAUGCAGUCAAAAGUCAGACUUACAAAGACACCUGACGAUACAUACUGGGGUGAAGCUAUUCAAAUGUAGCAAUUGCGUAUAUAAGACCAAUUGGAAAGGAGACUUGCUAAAACAUCAGAUGAUACAUACUGACUAAAAGCCUUUUAUUUGUACCCACGGCAACAACAGAAGUGGAUAUAAAUAUGAUUUACAAAGACAUCUUAGAACGAAGCAUUCCGUUGAAAAACCCAGAAAUAGUUCGUACAGAACAUGUGUCGGGUGUGGGCUAUGUGGUGUAUGUGUCGUGGCUCCCUUGCACGAUGUGUUCCCGGUGUCGUGCCGGCGUGUGUCGUGCAGGACGAGCGAGUGGCGUGUGUAGUGGCGAGAGGCUGCUUCAGGUUGCGUCUCCACCAGAGAUGUGCGAGGAUGCGUAGCGAGGGAUAUGUUUUUAGGGUUCCGUAGCCAAAUGGCAGAAAACGGAACCCUAAUGGAUUCGUCUGUCUGUCUGUCUGUCCGUGUCACAGCCACUUUUUUCCGAAACUAUUAGAACUAUACUGUUAAAACUUGGUAAGUAGAUGUAUUCUGUGAACCGCAUUAAGAUUUUCACACAAAAAUAGAAAAAAAAAACAGUAAAUUUUUGGGGUUCCCUAUACUUAAUUUUUUUUUUCAUCAAACCCAUACGUGUGGGGUAUCUAUGGAUAUGUCUUCAAAAAUGAUAUAGAGGUUUCUAAUAUCAUUUUUUUCUAACCUGAAAAGUUUGCGCGAGAGACACUUCCAAAGUGGUAAAAUGUGUGCAUCAUUUGAGAAAUUAUGAAUGUGGGCUGAGAAUGAGUGGGUUACUCGUCAAAUGUCUUCUUUACGCUGAUGACCUGGUAUUGCUAGCGUCGUCGGGUGAAGAGUUGAAGCAGAUGGUAAUUAUAAUGCAUGGAUCUUUUGAAAGGAAAGGAAUUAAAAUAAUUGUAAGCCAAACGAAAGUAAUGGUAUUUGGAAAGGGAGAAAAUAUGACAAACUGUGAAAUUUUGAUGGUCAAGAAAGAGUGGAACAAGUGAAA